AAACUGCUUGGAAAAAGAACUACCCACGAGCGCGAAGCGUUCAAACUUUUGGCGCCUAAACGAAAAUUUUAGAUAGCUACUGAACACCUGCACUGCACCUCGACCAAACAGAAGAGAAGAGGAAGGCCAAGCAAAUUCAGAUGAAUUCAAAUCACAAUCAAAUUAGGGUUUUUGGUCAGCGCUCUAUUCCUUCCUCGUUCAACUUUCGAUCGUCAAAUCUUGUUAAGGAUUCAAAUGUUGAUAAUCAAAAGCAAGCUUCAAACAAGGAUUCAAGCAUUUCACUCUCUGAUUUUCUUGAAAGUAAGCUGCAUACUGGUCCUGCACGACCAAAAAUCGUUAAGGGGAAGUUGAGGCCUUUUACAUCACCUCUGGUUCCUAGAGGUGAUGGUGGGUCUACUGAUGACCGGAUGGGGGUAGAAAAAGAAGGGAAAGAAAGGAAUUCUGUUAUUGAUGAAGUGGUUUUUGAGCAGUUUAAACAUGCUAGUUCAGAGAAAGUAUAUAGUAUAUAUUCAUGUGGUGUGGACGGCAACGAUGUUGAAUUAGGAACUUCCAGCACACAAUUUGAUCUAGAUUCAACUCAUGUUAACUCAAAUAAUGAUCAAGAAACAAGAAAAAGGAGGAUUCCUUUUGAAGAUGGUAAAGAAAAAUAUGCUACUCGGAAGCAUUCAUUAGUUCUGGGAGGUGAUCCAGAACCCAAGCAAAGAACAUGGGGAAAGCAGUUCACUAGCAACAAAAAACCAAGACCUCUCUAUAAUCACUAUGCGAAUGGUUGUGGCUGGUGGGACUGUGACAUGGAAGGUGUUGACACUGAAGAUGUAGGAACCGGUGAAAUAUGGGAAGGGGUAGGCUCAACAACAUUUGGAGGAAUUUGAAUGGCAAUGGUUUCAUUUCUCAAUGAUUGUUGAUUUAUAUGCUAGAGAUUACUUUCUGUAGAAGGCCCUAAUCAAAUAUGUUUAUAUGCAAGAUAUUAGUCUUUAUGAUCUCUUGAUUAGACCAUGUCCUAAUCAAAUUGUUCUUGCAUUCAUUGU